UGCGCCUGCGCAGAGCGCUCGACCCGAUGCUGGAGCAUGGCGGUAGCGUGCGCAUGCGCACCCGGAGCACCCGGGAGCUUUUUCGCUCCACAGUUCCUCGCCCGGCAGAGCGCUGCCAUGGGCUCCAAACACAUCGCGCAGGAAACGUUCGAUGAGGCCGUGCAGGAAAACAUCGCGGAGUUCGAGAUGGAUCCCGAGGAGGCCGUGAGGGAGGCGGUGCAGCAGUUCGAGUCCCAAGGUGUUGAUUUAAGCAAUAUUAUCAAAGCUGUGCAGCAGCCGGCCUCUGAAAAUGGGCAAAAGCAUGAAGUUCUGCUGACUUUAGAUUCCCUUGGGAGAUGUGUUGCUGACUCUGAUCUCACUGAAAUGGCUGAGCAGCUGGUGGUCUUCACUGACCAGUGCAAAGAACAGCUGGCUUUCCGUUACCUGGCAGGACAGAAUGGUGCCUAUCCUGUGGUAUUCUCUGCCUGCCAGUUGGCCUCAGGAGACAGGAAUUUAAUGCUGAAAGCCUUUAAUACUCUGUCCGCCAUCUUGGAUGGGCAGCCAGACCUACUUGACUCCGCCGGCCAGGAUCUGCUGCUACAAACUCUGAGAGAAUAUAAAGAGGAUGCUGAAAUGACGCUGGCUGGGAUCCGAUGCAUUCGGCACGCCUGUCUGAAACACGAGCAGAACAGGCAGGACUUUGUGAAGGGUGGCGUUCUGCCGCUGCUGACCGGAGCCAUCGUCCUGCACGGGGACAGCGCUGACGUCGUCCGAACGGCCUCGUCUGCUCUCAGGAUCAUGACGUUUGAUGAUGACAUCCGUGUGCCCUUUGGCCAUGCUCACGAUCACGCCAAGAUGAUCGUGUUGGAAAAUGAUGGCUUACGAGUUCUCAUCGAAGCUGCAAAAGCAUUCACAGAUAACUGCAGUGUUCUCAGUGAACUGUGUGCCACCCUUUCUCGCCUCUCUGUCAGGAAUGAAUUCUGCCAAGAAAUUGUGGACCUUGGGGGCUUAAAUUUUAUGGUCUCUCUCCUGGCUGACAGCAUUGAUCAUCCAGAUGUGGUGAAGCAGGUGCUGAGUGCCAUCCGAGCCAUUGCAGGAAAUGACGAUGUGAAAGAUGCCAUAGUUACUGCUGGUGGAACCGACCUGAUUGUGCUCGCCAUAAGCCAUCACCUUGCCAACCCUCAGAUCUGUGAGCAGGGUUGUGCAGCACUGUGCGUGUUGGCGCUGCGCAAACCUGAGAACUGUAACGUCAUCAUGGAAGGUGGAGGGGCACUGGCAGCUCUUCAGGCUAUGAAAGCACACCCACGAGAAGUGGCUGUACAGAAACAGGCCUGCAUGCUGAUCCGCAACCUGGUUUCCCGGAGCCGAGACUAUUCUCAGCCCAUCUUAGAGAUGGGAGCUGAGGACCUGAUAACAGAAGCUCGUGCGACGCACAAGGACUGCGAUGAUGUGGCCAAAGCUGCACUGCGAGACCUGGGCUGCAAAGUGGAGCUCAGAGAGCUGUGGACAGGCCAGAAGGGGAGCCUGGCACAGUGAAUCAUCCAUCUCCUGAGCAACACAGCUUAAAGGCAUCUUAUGUACAUGAAGUCUAAGGGGGGAAACAAAGUGGCAUGGAUUAAUUUGCUGUUACAACCAGACUGGAAUAUCUGAAGCAAAUGCCUGGCUUGUGAGGCUGCAGUGAAGUUUUUUUGGGGGGGAGAUACAGCUGGAAUGGCUUUGUGCAUUCACAGGCUGCAAAUCAGCUCUGUAUAGUAAUCAUUCCUUGAAUCAUGUAGCGCCUGAAGAUGAUCUGCUUCCCCCCCACAUUAUGUGUGUUACUUGUGUACAGGAGAGAGCUGUUCCCGUGUGCUCUGCAGUAAGAGCCAAGGAGGAUAUUGAUGUGUGCUAUGGCAACUUGCUCUGGUUGUUUUGUCUGCCCUGUGCUGAUGGAAGCCAGCAGCCUGCUCUGCUAAUGGGAUGGAUGAGGAGGAAUCCCAUUAUUCGUGAAUGUGUUCUGUCCUGUUGUGCUGUUCUUCUACUAACUUAUUUUACUGCUGACCAUAUUCUGUGUUGCUUCUUUGUUUUGGAUUUUCAGCUGACGUAACAUUUUAACAAAAUCAAGUGAGGAUUCUGAAUAGUAUGGCCUAAAACAACAUGCUUUAGGACAUUGCUAUUUGCUUCCAGGAGGAAAAACCCUGUUCUGUUCCAGUGAGAUGAGCAAGUCAGGGACUGGGGGUGAGGAUGGUGAUGUCAAAGCAGGAACAAUCCGGCAGUGGUGGCACACAGGAAGCUGUGCUGGGCAGCCCACACUUUGGUUCUCUCUUAGCAGAGCAGUGCUUUCCAGAAUCCUGAGAGCUGUAAUUGUAACAAAGAGGCUGAGCACCUCUUGGUCUGAAAACAGCCGUGGACUUUGGAGCAUUACAGAGGUGAAGCAUCCAGAAAGCUUCCCCAGUCACUGCUGAAGGCCUUUGUGCCUCCAUCCAGUGGUUCCUGUGACUCACUGUGCUGUGCUGGCUGCUGAUAGGACCUUCCUAUGCACUGCUGCUGUAUGUGAAUGAAUGUUUUCUAGUGUGAUACUUCUCAUAGAAGUGUCGAUUCCACGAAACACUUAAAAAAAUUGCAAGGGUGGUUGGUUCUUCAUAGAGCCACCUUGGAGAUGGGAAAAGAAAGAUGGCAGGAACGCCUCAGUGCUGAGUUUGUAAGUAAGCCCUGCUGCAGCUCUGCGCUAUCAGCAGGCAGCAGAGGCAGGUUCUUCAGAGGCCACGAAUGCUAACUAACCCCACGUUUGUAGGAGAGGCCGCCUGGCUCUCCUCCCUCCCUGUUGUGCUAAGUGUGGUGUGUCUGUGUGUUCCCCGCCCCUGUAGCCCUGAUAUUCUGCUGAAGGGGCCCCACUGCCAUGGGGCAGAGCAGGAGGUAGAUCUGCAGAGGAGACCCCGAGGUCCUGAGUGCCCCGUGUUGGGACUGAUGGUGCUGAGCAGUGUCUCGCCCAGCCCUGCUCCAGGCCUGCAAUGGGUGAGAAG